AUGUUUUGCGCAACAGUUGGUGAAAGUAGUUUGAGUAUGUUUUUUAUUUAUUACUGGAAAACCAUCGCUCCCAAACCCAAACUAUCGGACGCAGGCGAAAGUAGCUGCAUUUUUUCGAUUUGCAUUUUUUCGCAUAUAAAAAAGAGGAAAAGCUUCCGUGUAUAUAAGUGCUGCUACUGUCUGGACGGGCACAAGUAUGACUUGUCUGCCUUCCUUCGAGGAAAUUCGAUAUGCAAGUCGAGGAAAUACAACAGCAGCAGCAUCAAGUUGCCUGUGAGUCUGGGUUUGGGAUCGAUUUUCGUUGGUAUAUUUUGCCAUUAGUGGCACGGAAGGUGAGGGCAGGAUGAAAAACGGGGAUCACA